AUGUCAAUUGUUCAGUCUAAUAAGUUAUUUGCGUGUGGUUCAAAUGGUAACGGACAACUCGGAAUAGGUACGUUCGAAGAUACUAACCUUCCUACUGCCUGUAAAUUUCUUAUAACGAAUCAGGAAUUCUACGCGAACUUGGAAUCAACAUUAGAUAGUUUAGAGACCAAGCCAAAAAUAAUUACAGGUGGGGGAAAUCACUCUGCCAUAAUAACGUCGUCUGGAGAAUUAUGGAUGAGUGGAUUAAAUAAUGAUGGACAAUGUGGUGUCGCAUCAGAAGAAAGGAUUCAAGGGGAAUCUUUUCAAUUAAAGCUUAAAUCUGAUAUAUUCAGGAAAGUAGAAGUGUUUGGAGAACAUGAGAUAAGUCAAUGGAAAUUCGUAAGCUGUGGGUGGAAUUUUAGUUUAGCUGUUGAAAACGAAAAUGGAUACAUUUAUUCAUUCGGAAAAGGAGCUUUUGGAGAGCUAGGAUGCGGUGAGAGUGUAAAAGAGACGGGUGGAAGAGGAAUUAGAAUAAAAGGUGUUGAGGGAGUGGAGAAAGUUGCCUGUGGAUUAAGACACGUGAUAUGUUUGAAUAAGAAGGGAAAUUGCUUCGGUUGGGGAAGUAACAAAUUCGGUCAAUUAACAAAAUUUGAUAAAGACAAUGUAAUUGUUGAAGAGAAUAAUAAAAGUGUUCGUAGAAAGAAAAAAAAUAUAUUUUUUGAUCCUAUUAGAAUCUUUCUUGAUUUAGAUUUAAGGGUGAUAGAUGUGGCUUGUGGACAGUAUCAUACGGUGUUGCUGACCCAUGAUGGAAAAAUUUUUACUUUUGGGCUGAAUAAAUAUGGACAAUUAGGAUAUGAUUCUCCAGCUAAAGUUCAAUUUUCAGACAUCCCUAAAAAUAUCGAGCAUGUAUCAAUUAGCAGAGUUAAAAGCAUACAUUGUGGAUGGAAUAAUACUAUUGUGAUGUGUGAAGAUGGUAAAUUGUUCAUAUGUGGCAGGAAUGAUCAUGGACAGUGCGGAAAGAAUAAUCCAAAGAAUGAGAAUGAGCGAACGGAUUUGAACUACUGGAUGGACAAUCCCGUUCCUUUAUACUAUUUACCACAGCAUUUAAUAUUAGAUGAUAAAUUCGAAAUUGAAGAAUGUGUAUGUGGAUCAGAGCACUCUUUGAUCGUAUCUAAACUAGGUGAAUGUUUAAGCUGGGGAUGGAAUGAACACGGAAAUUGUGGAGUUGGAGAUAAUGAAAACAGAUGGCAGCCUGUAAAAGUAAAGAUAAAUAAUGCUACGGUUAAUAAAGUAGGUGGAGGAUGUGGAAAUUCUUGGAUUUGGAUACAAAACGCGAGCAAGUCACUUGUCGCUGAAGGGUAG